GCGUUAAUUUAUUUUUAAACACUGCAAUUGGUUCUUUUUAUUUACAAGGCAACUUUUCCUAUCAGUUUAAAGGUCAAUAAUUACUUUUGUUGUUUUAUUUGUACUUAGAAACACUUUGAAGAGGACCAGUACGAGGAAAAUCGACAGGAUGGGCGCCGUCUAUUAAAGUCAACAGCCCUGCCCACGCUGUUUCAAUUUCGACGUGAGUAAUAAUUGUACUGUGGCAUAUUAUAUCCGCAAUCUUUAGUGGACGCAAUACAACAAAUGUUUUUUUGUUUUUUUUUAUGUCAGCUCGGCCUAAGCGAAGAAGACCUCCUGCGAGGCGGCCUGCCGCAUGUGUACUUGCUGGUACGGAAAACAGCCCUUCCUCAAGUAUUGCUCAAGAAUUUGACCUUGACGACACCGCAGAAGUCAGUCGAGAUAGUAUCUCCUCUUUGGAAGAAACUGCAGUUGAGCGUGAAUGCACUGAAGACAUCUCGCUUUCGGCAUGUGAGCUACGAAAGGCUCUGCAAGACAUGAAAAAGAAAAACAAUGAAUUGCAUGAAAGCUUGUUGUCAGUGAAAAAGAAGUUGAAGACAACUACGAGAAAGACAAAGCGGCUGGAAAAAAGCCUUGCUACGCUGACCAAAAACCUAAAGUUUUUGAACGAGGAUCAGAAGGCUGCCUUAGAAAGAAAAAGCCGAAAAGGCAGCACAUGGAGUGCAGAAACUAUAAAGAAAGCGUUGCAGCUCAAGUUUACCUGCGGCUCUGCUGGAUAUGACUUGCUCUUAGAACAAGGCAACCCUCUUCCGUCACGCAGAACGCUUUGCAGACGAUUACAGCACCUGUCAUUUAAGCCCGGUGUCUUAACUGAGAUCAUAAGCAUGAUGAAAGUAAAAGUGGCUGCGAUGUCUGACAUCGAAAAAGAUUGCGUUUUAUUCCUGGACGAAAUGGAGAUUCGUAAGGGUGUCGAGCUAGACAGAAGUGGUGAUGGCUUUCUUGGCAAGACGACGCUCCCUGAAACUGACCAAGCAGCAAACCACGUACUGGUCUUUAUGGUUGGUGGCCUAAACAAGCGCUGGAAGCAGGUAAUCGCUUAUCACUUCACGGGCGCUUUUGUGAAUGGAGAGAAAUUAAGAGACUUUGUUUUCCAUUUAAUUAGGCUUUGUGCAGAUAUUUCAUUGCGCGUGCUUUGCGUGACAUGCGACAUGGGGAGUUCCAACCGUGCAAUGUGGCGAAGCCUAAACCUGUCAAGUUCCCGCUAUUCUGUCACUACGUGCACUGUUCCCAAUCCAUGUGACAAUGCUAUGUCGCUGUUCUUUAUGCCAGAUCCUUCACACGUUCUAAAAAAUGUCAGAGGGCACCUCGUACGGAAAGAUCCGAUGCAAGUCAGUGACGAAAUAGUGGCCAAGUACAAUUUACCAAGCAGAGAUGUGUCGAUUGAGUACGUUGAAGCAGUGUUAAACUUAGACACGGAGCAGUUAAAAGUGGCUCCCAAUCUAAGUACCCUCCAUGUUUCGAACGGCCACUUCACAAAGAUGAAAGUAGGGGUGGCAGUUCAGCUCUUCCGUGAAGCACCUGCAGCUAUCAGGUACCUUGUGGAAAGGAAGAAGCUCCCACCCGAAGCUGGAACAACAGCCUGGUUUUUUGAAACAAUUUUCAAGUGGUACACAAUCAUGACUGCGCGGCACCAUGUUGUUGCUCUGAGUUUGUUAAAUAAAAUUAGAUAUGAAGAGGCCAUUUCAACGCUGAAACUCGCUGUUGAAGUCGUUGAGAGCUUAGGCAUUGGCAUCAAAAAGGUGUGGAAGCCAUGCCAGGCUGGGGUGGUAAUGUCCACUGCUGUCGUGCUUCAACUGCAUGAUAUUCUGCUCAAGAAACGUGGUUAUACAUUCUUCUUGACAGGAAGGCUGGCUCAAGAUUGCCUCGAAAACUUGUUUUCCGUCAUCCGAAUGAUCUCUUCCGUGCCCAGUGCAUAUGAUGUGAAAAAUGCGCUCAAAAUCGUAUCAGUUAGCCAGUUCCUCAAGGUACCUAAAAACUCAGGUUAUGAAGCCGAUGACAGCAACUACUUAGUGGACUUCUUUUCUACAGAGAUACAAGAAGUGAGGGCAGAAUUCCAAGAUCCCUCGGACGCAGAUGACUGCGCAGAGGUCGAGCCAUUGUCUCCAGUAGAAAGUGACAUCGUUGCCCACUUGGCAGGCUAUUUGGUGAAGCCCUUCAUCUCCACAAACAAGCCCUGCUCUAGCUGCAUACAAACCCUGACUGCUGAUCAGCCUUCUGAUGAGCAUGCUCUCGUGCAGCUCAAGGAGUACAAGCAAGGCUCCAGAAAUCUGGUAUAUGUGAGCCGUACAGUACUGCACUUUGUUUCUUCCUGCGAAAGUCUAUUCAAGAAAUUUUCAGAGGAAGAGGACAUUUGUCGUUUGAGUUACCCAAUCAAGACUUUUACGAGUCUUAUCGAGCGAUCGGUUUCUCUACCACCUAGUGAGUGCACUGACCACCCAAACGUGAUGCAAAAACUGAUGUCCCGUUUUAUCGUCAUGCGACUGCGAAUCUACCUGCGCUGGCUAAACGAGCCUGAUGAUUCAGAUGAUGGUUAUGGCAGUAAGACUGUGGCUGGCGUCAACUUGCCGUAAAGUGACUUGCUUUGCAGGUUACACCACACCGUACGCUAUCGUCGCCAUCAGCAUGUUUGAGUCCACUGCAGGAAUAAGGUUUGUUGCAUCUCUCUACAUCAUCAUGGACUAUUUUGGAAGUUAAAAGCAUUGCUAAUCUGUAUUUGACUGUCUUAGUUUCAUUUACGGUUUUUGUACGCGAUAUAUAAGCAGUGUUGAUUAUUUUUUCAAUGUAGAUAACAUCAGUGUUCUAAUGGUUAUUUAUCAAAUGUUCUGUACUCGCCAUCGAUGUGUUUGGCUGAUGUGACGUAUUCGAUGGUAGCUGAUGUAUUCAGGCUGGAUAUCUUGAUUAAUAUUACCCGUGGUUGCGUUUUCUUGUUUGUAUUCUUAUUUUCGAUUUAUAUUGUGUGUAAUAAGGUUGAUGUACUCACUUGAAACCCCCUCCCAUGUAAUGAAUAAAUUAAAAAAAAAACUCUCCCUAUCCCGAAUUGUGUGUGUCGAGCCUACCUUGCGAAUGUUUUCUUUAUCUCGUCUUUCAACAUAACCUUCAGGCGCCACACAGUACAUAUAUUUUUUCAUGUUUCAUGAUUGACUGUACUAGACAUUACUAAGUAAAUGUAUUUUGUGCAUCGUUUGGUUUCUUAUGUGUACUACGCAAGAUUGACACAGACAAGUUACGUUACAUUUUUCUCUACAGCACUAACUAAACCUUAUUUUCACAUCGCAGU